AUGUCGACCGCCGUCGUGACCCCCUCGAAGCAGAUCAACCCCCUCCUGGCAGCGUACCUGCAGUCGCUCGCGACUCGGCCGAUGCUCACCAAGUCCCUCACCUCGGGCAGUCUCUCCAUCCUCUCCGAGAUCAUUGCCGGCCACGUCGCGGGCUCGCCUCCGCCUCCCCUGCCCGCCAAGGAGCGCACGGGUAUCCUCCCUCUCGACAUCCUCAAGCAGAACCACAAGGCCCUCAAGCUCGGUCUCUAUGGCUUCUUCGUCUCGGCCCCGCUCGGACACUCGCUCCUCGCUAUCUUGCAGAAGGCUUUUGCGGGCAAGACCUCGGCGCGCGCAAAGCUCGGCAUGAUCGUCGCCUCGAACCUCUUUGUCUCGCCCAUCCAGCAGUCGGUUUACAUUGCCGCGAUGGCUAUCAUCAACGGCGCGACGACUCCGCAGGCCAUCAUCAACGCCUGGAAGAUGAGCAUCUGGAAGAUCAUGAAGCUCUCGUGGGUCGUCUCGACCCUCUCGAUGGCGUUCGCGCAGAAGCUCCUCGCGCCCGAGUUGUGGGUGCCGUUCUUCACCCUCGUCGGCCAAACCGUCGGCUGCGUAAUCAACAUCCAAGUCAAGCGCCGCGCGCUCGCCGCACGCGCCAAGUCCCAAGCCGCCAAGGACGCUGCCGAGGCGCUCGAGAAGAAGGUUGAGAAGGAACUUGGACCGGCUGGACAGGGCAAGAGUCAGUGA